CUUCCCCAACAAGGGAAUAUAAAGAAAUGUUUGGAAAAGUGUGGAACUAAUCAAAGCUAACUUACAUUUUCAAUCCAAUACAAUGGGACUUUAAAUCUUUUGCCUGGAAAUAGAUCCCUUAUAUCUCCAAAGGAAAUCCACAUAGAAGAGAAGUCUUAUGAAUGUGAGGAAUGUGGAAAAAGCUUCAGAAGAAGCAAUCAUCUUACUUUUCAUAAAAAGUCCCAUGCAGGACAGAAGCCAUAUAAAUAUAUGAAAUGUGGAAAAAGCUUUCGUACCAGUUGUGAUCUUACUAUACAUAAAAUGACUCAUACAAUGAAGAAAACAUAUAAAUGCAUGGAAUGUGGAAAGAGCUUUAGUUCUAAUGGUGGUCUUUUUUACCAUAAAAAUAUCCACCAAGGGAAGAAGCCAUAUAAAAGCACUAUGUGUGGAAAGAUCUUUGCUCAUAGAAGUCAACUUACUAAACAUAUUAGGAGUCACAUAGAGAAGCCACAUAAUUGUAAGGAGAUUCAAAAGUGGCCGAAUACAAAUUGUUCCCUUAUUCUCCAUGAAAUGAUCAACAGAAGGCAUUUAACUGUGUGCAGUGUGGAAAAGGCUUUCACAGGAACUAUAGUCUUACCAUCCAUAAAAGGAUCCACACAGGGGAGAAGCCCUAUAAAUGCAUGGAGUGUGGACAGACUUUUGCUGCAAGGAAUUAUCUCAUUUACCAUCACAAGAUCCAUACAGGGGAGAAGCCAUGAAUGCAUGGAGUGUGGGAAAGCCUUUGCUUACAGGAGUAAGUUUGUGAACCAUAAAAGGACCCACACAGGGGAGAGACCAUAUAAAUGCAUGGAGUGUGGAGAGAGUUUUGCUGCGAAGAAUUAUCUCACUUUCCAUCACAAGAUCCAUACAGGGAAGAAGCCAUAUGAAUGCAUGGAGUGUGGGAAGGCCUUUAUUCAAAAGAGUAAACUUACCACCCAUAAAAGGAUCCACACAGGGGAGAAGCCCUACAAAUGCGCAGAGUGUGGAAAGACCUUUGCUCAGAGCUACAAUCUUACUUCCCAUAAAAGGAUCCACAUCGGGGAGAAGCCAUAUAAAUGUGCAGAGUGUGGAAAGGACUUUGCUCAUAGCAGUAGUCUUAUUUCCCAUAAAAAGAUCCACACAGGUGAAAAGCCAUAUAGUUGCAAGGAAUGUGGAAAGUGGCUGAAAACAAAACGUUCCCUUAUACACCAUGAAAUGAUCCACACAAGCCAGAAGGCAUUUAUAUGUGUGCAAUGUGGAAAGGGCUUUCGGAGGAAUUGUGAUCUUACCAUCCAUAACAAGGUCCACACAGGGGAGAAGCCAUAUAAAUGCACGGAGUGUGGAAAGACCUUUGCUCAGACCAGUGGGCUUAUUUCCCAUAAAAGAAUCCACACUGGGGAGAAGCCAUAUAAAUGUUUGGAGUGUGGAAAGAGAUUCAGUCGGAGUGAUUGUCUUACUUCUCAUAAAAGGAUUCACACAGGACAUGCCAUAUAAUUUUGUGGAAUGUGGAAAGGGUUUCUACAAAAAUUGAUCACUGAUGUUACAUAAAAGGAUCCAUACAGUAGAAAAGCCUUAUAUAAGCCUUAUUUUCCACCAUAAUUUGCAAAAAAAUUCUUUCCAAAUCAGACAAUGUGAUUGUCUGGCUUUGCU